AGCAAGAAGUAUGAAUGGCCUGACUUCUGUGGAGGCUCCAUCGUUGUAAAUGCUGUGUGGCCACUUCAGACGCCAGAUUUGUACUUACUUGUUACCCAGAAAUGAUUUGAUAUUAAGAUAAACACAGCUGCAUUGAACCUUUACGCAUAAUAAACACUGAACAAAUAGUUUCUAUCUUGGUUUACAUCAUAUCGCUCAACAUCAGUGGACAGUCACCAUGUGGAUCUCUGUGUGUCUGAUCAGCUCUUUCCUUCAUAUCACUGCAGGCUGCACUCUGUCAGUCACUAACUAUGGUGAGAUCACUGUCUACUCAGGCCAGUCUGUUCUCCUGCCCUGCUCCUGUAGUAACACCCAGGCUAAACCUCCCAGCUUCACAUGGACUAAACACAGAGGUCAACAGACACCUGAGAUAAUACUAACCCAGAGUGAUCUCUACAGAGGCAGAGUGGAGAUGUUUAAUAACACCUCUCCUGGGAACCUCUCAGUCCUCCUCUCACACGUCACUGAGGACGAUGAUGGGUGGUACAGGUGUGGAAUCAUCCAUGGAAAAUACAGAGACAUCAAACUCACUGUUAAAGGCUGCACUCUGUCAGACCCUCAAUCAAGGGUGGUCAAUGGAUCCCCAGGCCAGUCUGUUCUCCUGCCCUGCUCCUGUAGUAACACCCAGGCUAAACCUCCCAGCUUCACAUGGACUAAACACAGAGGUCAACAGACACCUGAGAUAAUACUAACCCAGAGUGAUCUCUACAGAGGCAGAGUGGAGAUGUUUAAUAACACCUCUCCUGGGAACCUCUCAGUCCUCCUCUCACACGUCACUGAGGACGAUCAGGGGUGGUACAGGUGUGGAAUCAGUGAGACUCAAAUGACAGACAUCGAAAUUGAUAUUCAAAGGGCAGACACAGUGGGGACUUCAGGAGAAGAUCCAUCUGCUUCCCCUCAACAAUACAAUCCAAUCCAAUACAUCUUACUGGCUGUUCUACCAGUCAUACUGAUCAUCGCUGGAGUGGCUUUGUACAUAUACAAGAGAAACAAAGGAAAGAAAAACACAGGGGAGAAAAGCAGUGGGAGCAAAACAGAAGGAAAGAAAAAGGAUGAUCCCUCUGUAAUGUAUGAUACGGUUCAAGAACCCAGAAACAACAACCAAGAGGAGACAACAACACCCCUCAGUGCUCCAGAGGACACCUCAGUCACAUACUCCACCAUCGUCCACAUGAAAGGAAAAGGGAACGCAGCAGUCAGUCUGGAGAGCGGUGGAGAAACAGAGUACUCCACUAUCAAGACAGGCAGGUUCUUCUAGAGCCACUGUACAAUAGGCCUACAGCCAUCUCACAGCCUUUUCCUGCAGAGAGAUCUCAUAUUGGGCCCAGUAUCAAGAGGUUUGAUCUGGCACACAUGACUAUAAAUAUAUUUAACUCUCUACUAAGACAUGUUUAGUGGUUAUCACAGUAAAUCAGAUGUUAACCUACAACCAAAAUAAUAAAGUCCCCGAGAUACAGGCAAGAUGAUGGUGAAGCAAUAAGAUACCAUUUAGUUUUUGUGUAGCUGAGACCAAAGCACCUUAUAUGGCUUAAAGUUCAGCUAGUUCUCUUUUUAUAUCGUUGUUGUGCAUUUAUUUUUAAACAUGUGAACUUUUUGAAAUAGAGACGGAUGAUUUCAGACAUGUUUGAGAAAAAGGAAAAUGUGGUUUGAUGUGUCAAAGCAAAAAAACACAGAUUUCACAAUCAGUUUUGCAAGAGGUUGCUUGGGUGGCUAUUAUUAAAACGGAUAUCAUCCAUCUUAAUGUUGUAAGGGGUGCGUGACUGGCUGCAGGGAAGUCAGGCGCAGGAGAGCAGAACUGGGUAAAAACCGGAGCAGUUUAAUAUGAAACAAAAACAACGGCACCCAGAACAACAAAAUAUGGGUACAAAAUAACCCGUCGCGAACCAGUCAGAGUGCACAAACACUUUACAAUAAACAAUUUCACACACAUACAUGGGGG